GAAAUGUCAAACACAAAUUGUGCCCGCGCCGGAUGACGCUCGCUCUCCGCUCUUGGCUUGCUGGACCCUUUUUCCGCUUUCGCUUUGUGGUCAAAACGUUUUCCUUCGUGCAUCAUUAGUCCACAGCCAGACAAACAUUGUGGGUUUGGUUCGAAGUAGAACAGUAACUGUGGUCUCGACUAGCUUUAGUGGAUUCUGCAUUCCAAUCGCACAAUCCUGCAGAACACCACCGGGUGAUUGCGCUGCAUCGUUUACACACCACUACACGCAUCAAUAGUACACCACACAGCGAUGGCGGAUUCAGCAACCGAGAGUACCAAUGCGAGCGCUGCUACCGCUGCGGCCGCCGCAACCAACUGGGUGCAGAAGACGGAGGAUCAAGAGAUUUCCAAUCUGGUCGAUGGGCUAAUUAUUGCAAACAAAGACAAUGGAAGUGGUGACGGUAAACAGGAUGCGGCUGCAGCAAAGCCAGAAAAUGCGGAUCCGACGAUUUCGGUGAACGGUUCCGGAGCAUCAGCAGGAACUGCUUCGCCAGCACCAACGGUGGGAUCGGAAGAAAUCGAAGCUGUCAACCCGGCCGAUGCGAGUUUGCUUAUGAAAAUCAUUCGCAAGGGUUUGGUCGAAUCCAAGCUAGAUUUGGAGGUGCAGCGCAAGGAUCCAUCGUCUCCACUACAUUCCGUCAAAUCGUUCGAGGCUUUACACCUGAAGCCGGAGCUGCUGCAGGGCGUGUACGCGAUGGGCUUCAACGCCCCAUCCAAGAUUCAAGAGACAGCCCUGCCGACACUGUUGGCCGAUCCUCCCCAGAACAUGAUCGCUCAAAGCCAAUCCGGAACGGGCAAAACGGCGGCCUUUGUGCUGGCCAUGUUAAGCCGGGUUGAUCCGCGCAAACCUUAUCCGCAGGUCAUUUGUCUCUCGCCAACGUACGAAUUGGCAAUCCAGACAGGAGAGGUCGCCGCCAAGAUGGCAAAGUUUUGCAAGGAAAUUAAGCUCCGGUUUGCUGUGCGCGGCGAGGAACUGCCGAAAGGACAGAAGAUUACCGAUCACAUCAUCAUCGGAACGCCGGGCAAGCUGAUGGAUUGGGGCAUUAAGUUCCGCGCAUUCGAUCUACGAAAGAUUUCCGUGUUCGUGUUGGACGAGGCGGAUGUGAUGAUUGCCACCCAGGGCCACCAGGACCAAUGCAUCCGGAUCCACAAGCAGCUGUCGUCGUCCUGCCAGAUGAUGUUCUUUUCAGCUACGUACGAAAAGGAGGUGAUGGACUUUGCGGAAUACAUCGUUCCGAAUCCCAUCGUUAUACGGCUGGCCCGCGAGCAGGAGUCGCUUGACAAUAUCAAGCAGUACUACGUAAAGUGUAAGAACCAGGACGAAAAGUAUCAGGCCAUUUCGAACAUCUACGGCGUGAUAACGGUUGGCCAAGCCAUCAUCUUCUGUCAUACUCGAAAAACCGCUGGAUGGUUGUCUGGUAAGAUGACCCAGGACGGACACUCUGUAGCAGUGCUGUCCGGAGAGCUAACCGUCGAACAGCGCUUGGCCGUGUUGGACAGGUUCCGUGCGGGAUUGGAAAAAGUACUCAUUACUACGAACGUGUUGUCAAGAGGAAUCGAUGUUGAGCAGGUAACGAUUGUGGUGAACUUUGACCUGCCGAUGGAUCAGAGCGGUCGAGCUGAUUGUGAAACCUAUCUGCACCGUAUCGGUCGCACGGGUCGUUUUGGCAAGAACGGUAUCGCUAUCAAUCUUGUCGACAGUGACCAUAGCAUGGACAUCUGCAGAACGAUUGAGGCUCACUUCCAGAAGAAAAUUCAGCUGCUGGAUGCUGAGAACUCGGACGAGAUUGAAAAGAUUGGCUCCUAGACAAGCGUAUAAAACAGCGAGUGGGAGAGAAUUGAAAUGCAAUUUCACACGAAGUGAAAAUGAUUCAUGAAUUAUUUUCACCUUACCAGACGGCAGAUUUUCGACAUUGACCGCGAAGUUCGGCGGGCGACAUAGGGAUAGAAUAACUGCAAGAAACAAAUUCAACUUCGACGAUGGAAAACAAACAAACGAAAGUAACGCUUGAUGAUGAAACGGUCAAUAUGCUUUUGUUGUUUCAAUUGAAAUUUCGCUUCCUCAUUGUUGUUUUAAAUAGCAGCAGGAUUUUUAUUAUGUUUAAGAAACAUUCUAAUAAUAAUAAAAGAGAAUUUCGAUAUCGAGAGGUUUUGA